AUGGCUGCUUAUUUGCUGAUAGGGUGGCUCGUGUUUUCCGAAUCAGCUUCAGCUGAAUGCACUAGAGAGUUUCUUAUAGGGUCCACUGAUAAGUAUGUAGAGGCUCAAGCUUCCGGGUCCGCCAGUGAGAUGGUCGCCCUAGCAGCGUCUAAUGUCACCUACACCGAAAACCAAGUCCCCAAGGCCAUUCCAGAAGGUGUUUUGGCGGAAUCCGUCAAAAUAGAUCAUAAUCGUAGCAUCCACGACACUGUUAACUGCGCGACCUUUACCGAGAUUAUCGCUGCAACGAACCCUCACCAGUAUGUCAUCGGUACGCGAAUUUUAUUCGAUGGUGAUAACAAAAUCUCCUUGAUGGAAUCAAUCGUCACGGACGCUGGAGACUGGGCUUUUAACGCGACGGGAUGGUAUGUAUCAAAGAUUAAUGAAGAUGUAGAUACCACAUCAACUUCUGGAAACAUACGACAAAAUACUGACAUGCCAGAUCUAUAUUGGGAUUCUCUAGAAAACUGGGAUCCUAUCCCCGAGGAGAAGAGAGACAGCCGGGAGGUGAUCCAAUCAGCCGGGAAUUCUUAUUUUGAGCGUUUUAAGAAUGAGAGCGUGGUAGUACCUUUUGGUAUACCCUGCUCUCGUCUGGAAGGGGGAGCCUCUACUGCUCCGCUGAAUAUGACCGGUGAUUCUUGCACACUUGCAGGUCUACCCUCAACCCUGGUAGUCACGGACCGCCGCUUUGUCGUGGACGAGAUUUUGGGUGUCGUCGACAUCUUUCUUGGUUUCCCUGGACUCGAUCGAUCACAAGGUCAGGAGCCAAUGCCUGAUAGGUAA